GAGAAAAAAGCGAUAUCCACUCACAUCAUCAUCAUCGAACCAUGUCUAGUUACUAUUCUCACCAUCAAGGCGGAGGAGGUGGCGGGAGCAAUCGUGGCCCGCACUACAGUGCCAACAGCUAUCCUAGUUACCCCAACUACGGGUAUACCACGGACAGUCACCACGAAAUGAGUGAAUACAACGGAAAAGGCACCUACAGCUCCCGGGGCUCCAAAGACAAUGUAUAUUCACCUUACGACAGUGCUAUUGGAAUCUCAGGCGGAGCCUCACAUCACGUGAGGACAUCCUCCAUGGCCUACGGCAACGGGAGCCGUGCCAGGGCCCCCCCACCUCCCGUCGAUUACGAGGAUGAAGAGGAGGAUCGAGGACAUUGGGGCUCAAAGGCCGAAUUUCUACUCUCCUGCAUCGGCUUCUCGGUUGGAAUUGGCAAUGUCUGGAGAUUUCCGUACCUGGCCUACUCGAAUGGAGGCGGUGCCUUCCUCCUGCCUUAUGUGAUUCUUUUGAUCUUCGUGGGCAAGCCCCUGUACUACAUGGAGACCGCCAUGGGGCAAUUCUCGCGCACCAGUUCACUCCACGUGUGGCGAUGUGCACCCAUCAUGCAAGGGGUGGGUUAUGCCAUGAUCGUGUUGUCGCUCAUCGUGGCCAUCUACUACAAUGUCAUCAUGGCCUAUUCUAUCAUCUACAUCGGAGCUUCCUUCACGGGCAUCGCCAAUGAGCUACCUUGGACAUAUUGCGGUGAAUGGUGGGGCGCAGAUGAGAAUUGUGUGGUGGUGUCCAAUGUAACGGACAAGUCUUUUGUAGGCCUUGCGCGAUGUCGACCAACUCUGGGUAUCACCGAGAACUGUACCAAAUUUCAAACCUCCAGCGAACAAUUCUGGGAGAAAUAUGUCUUGAAUAUCACCGAUGGCUUGGGCGAAUUUGGCGAUUUGGGCGGAUUCAAAUACGAUCUCCCUCUGGCAUUGCUUCUGUCCUGGAUCGUGGUAUUCUUAUGUUUGAUGAAAGGCGUCAAAUCGAGCGGAAAGGUGGUUUAUUUCACCGCCACAUUCCCGUACCUCAUCCUCAUCGCUCUAUUGGUCCAAGGAUGCCUCCUUCCCGGAGCAGCUGAGGGUUUGGCCUACUUGUUCAUCCCUGAUUUUAGCAAGCUCCUCACUGUGAACCCUUGGAUCAAAGCGGCGGAGCAGAUGUUCUUCUCCCUGGGCAUCUCUUGGGGCGGCCUCAUGAUGUUUGGGUCCUACAAUAAGUUCCACAACCGGAUCGAUUACGACGCGGCCUUUGUGUCCGUUGUGGAUUUUUGCACCUCGCUCAUUGCUUCCGUGGUGAUCUUUUCCGUUCUCGGCUUCUUGGCCAAGGAGCUGGAUGUUCCGGUUGCAGAUGUGGCUAAAGGUGGACAAGGCCUGGCUUUUGUAGUGUAUCCGGAGGCUUUGGCUCGAUUACCUUUACCGUGGCUGUGGGCGGUCUUGUUCUUUUUCAUGCUGUUUCUCUUGGGAUUGGACUCUGAGUUUGCACUUCUGGAAACUGUUUUAACCAUCCUCUACGACGGGGUUCCAUUCUUUCGACGGAACAAGGUCAAAACCACCUUCGUCGCCUGUUCAUGUUGCUUCCUUCUUGGAUUGCCAUGUGUGAGCUUCAGUGGUCAAUUCGUCCUCGACAUCAUGGACACAUAUGGAGCCGGAUUCGCUGUGCUAUGGACCGCCUUUUGGGAGGUGGCUGGCUUGAUGUGGGUCUACGGGGUCAUGAAUGUCUGCAAGGACUUCAAGUUGAUGCUGGGAAGCGAGCCUGGGUGGUACUGGAAAAUCUGUUGGGCUGUCAUCAGUCCCAUCUUCUUGGUGGUCAUUUUCCUCACCGGGAUCUUUACUUGGGAAGAACACAAGUACAGCGACGUGGUUCCCUACCCUUCUUGGGCGUCCAGCAUUGGUUGGUUCUUGGUGGCGCUCUCGGCCAUUCAAAUCCCUCUUUGGGCUAUCAUCACGACUAUUCAUUACGCCAUCAAAGGCAAGUUGAGCCAAGUGAUCAAGCCCACUUCCGCCUGGGGACCCGGUGACAAGGCCGUUCGAAGGGCCAUCCUGGACGAGCAAAGUGGGAUCGCUCGGACGGGUAAAUACACCUACGAUAACGACGCAAUGACGUACAAUUACCAUAUGUAGUGAUCAAAAUGGACCAAUCACUCCUUUUGGCGUGUCUUAGACGUGUAACACGUGGAUUUAUUAAAUAAGAUCUAGUAAGAAAAUGUAUGUUUAUAUGUUUG